UUUAAAAUUAAUUGUCGGCAUUUUUUGUAAAUUUUGUGUAGCUGCAAAUUUGUGCGAAUUUUAUUUGUUUUUUUUUGUGAAACUGCAGAUUAAAACCUCCAAAAUGGAAGUAAUUCCUGACGACAUGUGGUCACCAUUUAAGCAGAUGUACAAAAUCAUCGAACAAACUAUUCUUAGUCCCACAGAAGAUUUGAUGGCGAACUUGGAAAUGUGUUUGAAACGAAAUAGACAAGUGUUCAUCAAUCUUUUGAAAAAUCCACCAAAAAAUGAACGCAAUCGUAAAGAACUCCAAAAACAUAUCUCGCAAGGAAUUCCAGUCACUGCCAACAGAAGAACUCUUAUUUUAUCGAAAGAUCUUGUGGAUGAAUGUUUUAUCAUAUCCGAUAUGUUUGAUUUAGACGAAUAUUUAGCUUUGGAACUACUUUGCACUGCUCAGCGUCAAGUGAAUCAAUACCCGGAUCUACCACGUGGAUUAAUUGCUGUCCUAUUGUAUUACGAUGGACGCAAAGCUGUUGCAAAUUCUGUAAGAGAUUUGUUCCAAAUUAUAAGUGGUGUGUCUUGGGUUUCAGAAGUGCCAAAGGAGUUAAUUUCAUUGGCCUCCUCCUUCUCACAGUCUCUGGUCGAUGACUCAAAUAUAUUAGAAAGAAUUGUUGACCUUUUGGAUGAAUUGGACAUAACGAGUGAGAUGGUGUUGCUUACUAAAAACCGGGCUCUGGGCUCCAAUAAACAUCGUAAUCAAAUAUCAGAGCUGUUUGAGGAAAUACGUAUGUCUCUAGCAAUGACUUUAUUCAAUUGGUCUGCCCAAAGAAGUCUGCCAAAGACAAUAGUAAUCAAACUGCUAAAAAAUCUCUCAAAAUACAAAUCAAGUGAAUCUACCGGCAUGAUUGAUGAUACCACUCUAACGAUUCUCAUGUCUGUGAUUUAUUCCUAUGAUACCAAUAUUUUACAAAAGCAAGAUGAUAAUCGAUUGAUAAAUAAUUUAAAUAUUAUUAAAGACAAUGAGUUUGUGCAGCAGUUAUACGUGGCGUUAAUGAGCGACAAAAGUUUAGAAAACAACAAUAAUGGUAUAAAAAAUUUCAUCAAGUUUUCAUUUGGACUAGCCAUUUCUGGUCUACGUCAUGCCUCGCAGUAUCUACAAAAUUCUUCAUCCAUAGUUACCGAUUAUGACGAACAACUUGUAGAUGACGCUAUAUGUUGUAACAUUUUCAAAUUUAUUCACAAUUCGAUAAUAGAAAAGGAGAUUAUUUAUAAAAAUCAGUUCUUUUAUAGGCGUAUACAUAUGAUAUUCACGGAUUUCAUUGAUUUUAUGCAUUCCAAAGUAACAGAAUUACGGGGAAGAGCAGAUGAGACGGCCAAAACACUUAUUAGUUUUGCCAAAGAAGGUCUGGAACCUCCCAGUAACUUGGAUCACAACUUCGAAAUGCUGUUGCUGUGUAUAGGCAAAUUUUAUAAAGGCAAUAAAGCUGGUCUGGGAUUAUGUGUUGAAUAUUGGGGACCACUCGAAACUACAGCAAACUGUGUUACAACAACACGUUCAGUGUCUCUGUUUAAAUUUAUACGCUUGGCCGGAGAAUUAUUGCCUUCAACUCUAUUUGUGCCCUAUUUGAAAAUGAUAGCUGGUUUAGCCAGCUGUGAGAGAUCGGCAAGAUGUACAUUUAAUCUAUUAAAGCAGGCUUCAGGCUUAACUGGAAGCACAGGACUGUCGUGGGAGCAUUUCUUCUCGUGCUUAAACAGAUAUUAUACGAACUUGAAACAGGAAUUCUAUUCAACAAGUGACACGAUUUACAGAAAUCGCAUAUCCAGCCGUAAUAUUAAUCCCGAUGAAAUUGAAGGGCUAAGAGCAGUUCUAGAAGUGAUCAAAUCUGUCACAACAUAUGAUGAUGUGGCCCGUAUUGCCAUAUGUGAGCAUCCGAACUGGAAUCCUCUCUAUACAUUGAUAGGUCUAUUAGGCUGUUCUGUGCCGUUGCACUUGAAAGCCGAUAUCUUACAAACCUUAUCAUCACUGGCCCAAUCAAAGGAAACCGCCACCUUAUUGUGGGACAAUUUAGAAGCUUCGCAAAUCAUUGCCACCAUACCAACAAAUGUUCAAUACGAAAUAUGUAAUCUGGAAGUUGAAAUAGAGCAAAAUGAGUGCCGUCUUGAAAAUUAUCCUCUAACUGAAGGUGUUUUAGAUUUACUAUAUUCAUUGAUUACAACUGUUAUACCGAAACAUCUCGGAAAUGGCCCCAGAAAACCAGGCUUUGAGCCAUAUUUAAAGUUCUUAAUAAACGGCAUAUUUUUAAAGUUCUACAACAGAACCUAUAAGGACCAGACAGAAAAAUGGAAUAUUGGUGCGAAAUGCUUGAAAAUAAUUCAUUACUUACUGGAUAUUUAUGUUAUAAAUCCAAAGGAUUUCUGUGAAAAUUUCGACAACGCCACCCCACCAGGUUUCUUCAUAAUGCUGCAGUUGCACACAAAAUCAGAUAUGUUGCGAUUGAUCCUGCAGAUCAUUGACGAUUCACGGCUCCAACUAGAUGACUGCAAGAAGUUCAAAGGAAAAACCAAUUUAGAAGAAUGUGCUUUAUACUGUUUAAAGAUUGUAAAACUGGGCUUAAAACACCAAGAUAUUUACUUUGAUGCCCAUUCUAAUGCCAAUAGUGCCAUUCUUCUGUCAGGACUUAAUAAAAUUCUAUUGGAUGUUAAUCCGCGCAGUAAGAAACCGGAUCAUAUUUUAAAUUCAACCUAUUUCUUAACCUAUUUCAAUUGGCUGCCCUACCACACUCUGGAAGCCAUAAAAAUUCUUCAUAUGAUUUCCAAACAGCCAAGUGCUAACUCUCAAAUUGUGGGCAUCUUUACUCAAAAUGAAAGCACUAAAACUAUACUGCGCCAGGGUUUUGUCGAGUGCUUAGAAAGCGAAUACAUACCAGUGAAAACUGAGGCUGAAUCGAAUGAAGUACAUUUUGAGGAAACAAAUGAAAUACCAAAAAUUAAAUUACAAAUCAAAGAAGCCAUCAUUCGUUUAAUACAAAGUUGCCUGUGCCAACAUACACCUAAUCUGGGGCAAUUUCUAAUGGGCUUUGAACAUUUCAAAGAUCUACAAAUGAACAAAGGUCAAAGGCAUGGUGUUCUCGAGCUGGGUAUUAAUUGCACAAGAUCUAUUGUAACACUGUUGGAAAAUCACUUGGAGAUGAAAGCAAACAAUUUGUGUUUUGAUGCUGACGUGGAGAGGGUAAUAGAGCGUGCAUUUGAACUGCUGCAUUCGGUGUGUGCCAACCCUAAAACAUCUGAUCAAGUGCUGCGUUAUUUACGUACAAGAAACGACUUUCUUUGCCGAUAUUUGAUGUUGAUGCCGUCACUAAAAAUCACCAAUUCACAUGUCAUCAAUCAAAUAAGCAAUUUGCUAAAAUGCAUUGCCAUUGAAUUGAAGAUAACUGCAUCGAAUUGUCAGCUGAGUAGAUUCCAACAUAUAUCGGAAAUAUUUUUGGGCAUUAAUCCGAAAAAUAAACAAGAAUCAGCCAUAGAGCUGACCCAUUUUUAUACGAAUGCCAACUUCGAUACCAGUAAGCAGCAUCUAUCUUCAGGACUGAAAAACAAUAUAUUGUGUGAGCUAUUCAAUAGAAUUGAUCUAGAUCUACAGAUGCUCGCGACGCCUCAGUGGGAAUUUUUCGAUAGAGGACUAAUUGAACAAAUUUUAAAGGAGUGUGAAUACAAAACCGAAGAGGGUCACACGUUGGUGGAUUUGAAGAAAAUGCAUCAAAUAUUACACAGUGAAUUGAAAAUGGUUCAAAGUACCAUAGCAAGUGGUCAAAGGCGGCUUAUAUUGCAGGAAAUCGAAUCAGUUUUAUUACACGCCCUUAAAGUCAAUGAACAAAGGAAUAAACGUUUCGCCACUGUCAAAUUUGUAGAGUCCUGGGGCUAUGUUACCGAAAUUCUAUUCAGCUGUGUCACAAGUUGUGCUUUUCCUGCUGAGCGAAAACAAGAAUUAAUAAUUGAAAUUUUACAAAGGAUUUUAAUGAAAGUGGCGCCUAAUCAGAUAAUUUUGGAAAUGUCUGUCAUCAUCUCCGGCACUAUACUCUUGCUGCUAGUGAAUUUACGAUGCUGUUUUCAUAAUGUUCAAGAAUCUGAUAUCAAAUCCGUAGAUACAGCAGACUCGGAAAUGAAUCAAACACAAUCAUCGAAAUCAAAUACACUAAAUCUUAAAUGUAUUUUGAAAUAUAUACUGGAAUGGAUAAUUGUAAGCGGCGUAGCUUCUCAAAAGCUGCGCAUUAAUCUGUAUGCAGCUUUACUAAACUGUCUCAGGAUCAUCAGAGAUCAAAGUACUAAAAAAUCAACGAAUGUAAAUAAAAAUUACAUCACCCGUUUGGAUAAAUCGCAUGGCAAUGAUUACCUAUCAUCUGAUUCGACAUACAUACGCAUGGCUGUUGAAGUUAUUUUGCAGUUUGGUGAAAAGUUGAUUGAAAUCAUAUGUCACGAUUGUGUAGCGGGGCAUGAAAUCUGCAAAAUGUCUGCCUUAGCAUGUAUAGAUGUAUUGUUGGACAUUGACACAAUGUCGGGCAUUAUGAAUUUUAUAUCACAUCACGGCUACUUGUCUCAUAUAGUGGAAAGCUUGGCUAAAUCAGACGAAGAACUUUGCAACACUUUGUCAAAUGUUCCCGAGAAUAUGAAAUAUCUGUAUGUGUAUGAAUCGAAAAUGUCCAUGUUACUGCGCUUAGCUAACACCCAUGCGGGAGCCGAGCUUCUACUAUCAAAUAAAGUCUUGGAUGUGCUGUCCAGCAUGAGAGUUUUUGAUAUGCAUCCCGACUUGAAACGAAGACAAGAGUGGCACCAAAAUGAAUUGCAGGAAUUUGUUCCCAGAGUGGAUACGCGUUAUAGACAGAUAUUAUUCCCAGCACUGAAUUUAUGUGAUUGUCUUGUAACAACUUUGGGAACGGAAAACUAUUCUGUUAUAUCGCAAGUAAUGCACUUUUUACUUUCCCAUUGCGACAUGAUUGAAAUCGUUUUGAGAUCCGGAUCACCAUUUUCCGAUAUUGGUUUAUUGCAAGAAGUCUCAUUCAUCACGGGCAUCAUAGCCAGAACCUUUAGCCAGGAAGCCUUUGCAGCUAAGAAUUCGGAUUUGAUGGGCGACAUUGGCGUCAACGUGUAUAGAAUCAAAAAACUCAUGUUAUCGCUUUACCUACGUUUCACGGUUAACGAUUCGAAUUUUAAGGAGAUUCAGAAGUCUGGCCAUGCCUUGUACGAGGACACGAACGAGAAUACCUCAGUUCAUAUCACUUACUUUUUGGAAAUAGCCGCAAAUUUAAAUUUGUUUUGCAGAAACAUUGUAACCAACAAUUCGGUCGACCAUAGAACCAAUGGACUUUUGUUUUCACCCACCAUAAGUGAAGGCGUUCACAUGGAAGACAAUCGCAACAGCACCAUAUAUCAUCAGUAUAACCUUGGCAUUAUUAUAAAUCAACUAAAAGGGUCCGUUGAGUAUUUCCAUUCGCAGAAAACAAUUUUAGACGGCCUAUAUAGACAAAGAUCCGUUCUUAUACACUCGAGUUUCGAUUCUUCGGCCAAUGAGAAGUAUUUGCAAAUAAUAAAGCAACACGAAGACAAACAAAUUCAACUAUCGCUGUGCGUUUUCAUCAUCGAACAAUGUUUAUAUCUGCUUUGGAGUCAUCUAGACUAUUAUAUGAGGUAUAUUUCAUCAAAUAAUCGUGACAUUAUUCUUCUGUAUGCCGACAAUAUGCAUGGUGUAGGUUCUGCGAAUGCUUUGAAUUUUACUAACGAGGAGUUGUUGAAUUUAAAGAAAACCCUUAUUUCGGUUUUCAACGAAACAUUUUCCAAGAAGUUAUGCUCAGUUAUGGAUGUGGCGCAAGAUGGCGAAACCGACUUUAACAAUGCUCUUUUGCGGAGAAUUAAGUCUAUAAUACAAUUUUUUCCAAUUAAAUAAAAAAUCAUUGUAAUUAAAAAAAAAAAAUUAAAAAAUAAUAAGAAGUGUUGUGUUGUUAAUAAAAUAUGAUUCCCAUUUGAAUCUUAUAAACCGGAAA